AUGGGUAGUAGCAUGGAUGUGAUAACAGCUAAACGCCUUGGCCAAUGGGCGACCCGUCUGUACAUUGCUUUACUUAUUAGUGGUUUUAGUAUUCUCACCAUCUAUACUAUAGUUCAACCACAUGUAGUGACAAAAACUUUUGAUACAUCAUCUUUUAGUAUUUACAAUGAUUUACAACAGAAAUAUGGAGAUAAAUUAAAAUGUCCAUGUUCAGUGAUUGCAUCGAUUUAUGAUCAAUUUGUCAAAAUUGAACCAAUAUUUCAUGAGAUUUGUUCAAGCCCAUUUGCAACAAAGCAAUACCGAAAUGAUCUUAUAGCUGGUCUUAUUUCUAACUUGUCGAUUUAUGUAACAAGAGACUAUCGUCGUUUUCUUUCUGCUCAUUUACAAGCUCUUCAAGGAUUAUGUCAACUCUCUAAUACAGCAGUAUACGAUUCUAUUAACCAGUUUCGUACUUCACUGUUUGUUACUUCUCAACUUCUAUCUGAAAAAAAAUUUGGUGAUCAACUUAAUUCGUUAAUCGAACAAACUAAAUCAAAUGCUCCUACUACAUUCCGUCGAUAUCUCUUCUUAAUUCGAAAUAUCAAUCAUGGAAAUGCUUACAUGUCAAUAUAUGGAACAAAUUUCGAAUAUAUUGGUGAUCCGAAUGCAUCUAAAUAUACAUAUGCAUCUACUCGAGCUAUAAUAUAUGAUGGAUGUUCUUGUGGAAUGUAUCUAAAUUGUACAAGUCAAGCAAAUUUUAUCGAAUCAAAUUCAUCUAAACUGUUUCCAGUCAACGGCCUGUCCGCAGGUAACGCACUCACGUUUUUGACAACUUGUGGCUUAAUUUUCUCCAUAAUAGUUAAGCGCUGA